AUGGAGGGAUGCCAUGUUGCGCCAGACCAAGGCGCGCAAGUGCAAGGACUGCAACGACACCAAGGGCUUUUUGGCGACGCACUAGACAGGCCCCACUCGCCCCCUUCGGGCAGCCAUGGGCAGGGAUACGGGCAUGGUGGGCAUGGACAUGGAUAUGCUGGCAGGGCCGAGUGCGUGCAGCAGCGCAGAGCGUCUACUCCUGGAGCAACGUCGUCGACGACGCCAGACGCCGCCAGCCCUGCAGCCGAAGGCACUGGUCUGCGGGAGUGA